UCGCCACGCCCGAUCCUGCUCCCAUGGUCGCUCUCCUGAAUUUUCACACUAUCGCCACCAUGGUCCUCGAGGCGUACACUGCGUACGAAGUCGGUGACUUGGAGGCCACGACGUUUGCCUCAUCUUCGUCGAACAAUAAGAAGAAUGACACCGAGGCUCUCGACGCUACCAAGGACGAGAUCUUCUUCGCAGUGAUGGACCGCUGGCGCGUUGGCCUUGCCGAAGAGACACUCAAGCCCUCGUACAAGCUUAUUCGCGGUGUUCAAGAGUUCUGUGACAUCGCCCUGGAUGUGAUAUACUACCUUGAGGAGUAUGGGUUCGUGGAUGGCCCGCAGAUGAUGCGGAAGGAGCGGGGUGACAAGGGCGUGAAGAAGAGCAAGGACAAGAAUGGCGGCAAGAAGGCGGGAGCGGGUAGCAGCAGUGAAGAAGAUGACGUGAGCGAGGGUUCGACUCCAAAGAAGAGGAGUAGGUCAUCGAAGGCGCAUAAUGACAGUCCGUUGAAGGGAAAGGGAAAGACGAAGGGAGAGGUGAAUGCAUUGCAGGCUAGGAAGAAGCCGAAGACGACGCCAAAACCAAAAGCCAGCACGAAGAAGCAGCCGAAAGUGAAGAAGGAGCCUACCGUUUCAGUUAUCUCGAGGAAGAAGUAGGAGGAUCUGGAAAGUGGGGACAGUGCAUGUGGUUAAGGAUCGUUAAGGAUCUCAUGGACGGUGCAUCUACUGUGAGUAGCUGUGGGCUGGUAGAGCGGGAUUUGUGGCAAACCGAGGGCGUACGUCUGCGUCCAUGGAUCACCCGUCUUGAUAAUGGUUCUUCAUUGCCCGAGAGGAAUAGUAGGGCCUCGCCAUUCCGGGACUUUGGUAGAAUGAUCUCCUCCACACACGGUUUGUGAUGCC